AGCAGGAGCAUGGCAGAGGCGCUGAGGCUGGGCUUCGGGGAAACAGCCAGCGUGGAAAUGCUGCCGGAGGACAACGGCUGCAGGCCCAAGGCCAGGGCUGGGCUGGCGUCCAGGAGGAGCAGUGCCCACUGGCCUCUGACCUGCUGCCUGCUGUCGAUCCCCAUCCUGGCCGCACUCACCACCUACCUGCUCGUCGGCCAGCUCCGGGCCCAAGGAGAGGCCUGUGAGCGCCAGACUCCAAAAGAGCAGGAGACUGGACCUUCACAUCAGCGAGCUUACGCACCUCCUGGAGCUGAUAGGGAGAAGCCAAGGGCGCACCUGACAGUUGUGAGACAGACUCCCAUGCAGCCCUUGAAAAAUCAGUUUCCAGCUCUGCACUGGGAACAUGAACUUGGCUUGGCCUUCACCAAGAACCGGAUGAAUUACACCAACAAAUUCCUGGUGAUCCCAGAGUCGGGAGACUACUUUGUUUACUCCCAGGUGACAUUCCGAGGGACCACAUCUGAGUGUGGUGAAAUCAGCCAAGGGAGGAGACCAAACAAGCCAGACUCCAUCAUUGUGGUCAUCACCAAGGUAACAGACAGCUACCCCGAACCAACUCAGCUCCUAAUGGGGACCAAGUCAGUGUGUGAAAUAGGCAGCAACUGGUUCCAACCCAUCUACCUAGGGGCCAUGUUCUCCUUGAAUGAAGGGGACAAGCUGAUGGUGAAUGUCAGCGAUAUCUCUUUGGUGGAUUACACAAAAGAAGAUAAAACCUUCUUCGGAGCCUUCCUGCUAUAGUGGUAAGGCAGAUGUCAUUGCAUGGAGGUCCUCGGCUUCUUAGGUCCUAAUUUUCCUCACUCGUAAUUAUAACCAGGAGGCUUUGUUGGAGCAUUGAUAGAGACAGCAGUUAAGAAAUUUAGGGGCAAAAAUUCAUGCUUUAUGUACCUGACUGAUGACAAUACUAAUCAGAAAAAGGCAGAAGAGAGCAGACCUAUUAUCACAGCUGCUUGGAAGAGCUGUGAGCUUCUAAACAUUAAAACACUGAUCACCAAAUGAAUGGAACAUUUCCGUGCCUGGCUCCUAUGGCAUUUGUCAAGAGAGGGCACAGGUACUGUUCAAUUUUAUUAUGCAGCAUUUGCUUCAGUUCAGGAAACUUAAAAACAAAAUCCAAAGCCUCAGAAACAGUCCAAACACUUCUGAGGCAAAAUCCUCCAUCAGUUCCCCCAAACAUACUUUAAUGCCUUACAGAAAAAAAAAAAAAAAAAUGAAAAAAGAACUGAUAUUUCUUAUAAAUGUGCCUCAAGAAAAGGAAUUAACAUUCAAGCCAUCUAUGCCAAGUGAAAAAAACUACCUUUCUCUUUAUUAUGUACACAUGCAUCAAAACAAGCAACUGUGAGUUCCACAUGCAUAUUAAAAACACAACAGCACCUAUUCAGCACAGUGUUCUUGAGCACCUUUUAUGUGUGUGCUGAACCAAAACAUGCUGUGAAGAACGAGGCAGAUUCUACCCAAAUGUAGAUGAAUUCCUGGCUGCUGGUCAAAUACCACUCAACAUAUUUCAAGGUCUAAUUCCAACUCCUAACAAGUAUCACCGGAUACUGUUAAACGAGAUUUCUGGAGCUCUCCUCGCUAUGUAAGACAACCAGCUGGUUAGGCCAGUCAAGAAACUUGAAGACAAGAGUUCUAGCAAACAGACCAACCAUAUAACAAAGUUGACUGAUCCCAUGGACUUAGUCCCUGGAGGGAAAAGGCCAAUCACCAAAUCUGGAGAUGUUAACUGAGAUCUGCUUUGAGGUUUGACUCACUUUAUAUGCAGAGUGUUAUAUGGGUACUUUGAAAAUAUUCAAAGGGAUUUAAAUGUGGAAUUGGCUCAUCAGCCCAGCCAAGGCGUCUUUCCUGAAGAAGAGGCAGAACACUGAGAAGGUCCUUCCUGUGCUUCUAUGAGUUCAUAUCCUCUGUGAUCCUCAAAUCUGUAUGAUUUUCCUGCACUCAUAUGUCAAAGGUUGGAGGGACAUUCUUGUUCUCUUAGCCUCUGUUGAUUUGCCUGUAAAGAAGGAAUCCACCGACUUGUUUCCCAGGAUCAAAUGAGCUCAUGGAGAUCAAACAGGUUAGCUUUGAACAUUCUGUGAAGUCCAUGAGUGUGUCAGUGUGACUUGGGGAGUGGUCUCCAACACCUUGGCCUUUGUUAUAGAUAUUCCCUAUUGUGAGAGACCUCACAGAUGGGUCUGAAAGCAAACUUGGCAAUGACAUCACUUUUAACUUGGGCUUCCCUGGUGGCUAAGCUGAUCAAGAAUCCGCCUGCAAUGCAGGA